CAUCCACCUAUCAUAUCCGGUUUAUGAAGUAAUACCACGUGUUUUUGAGAAAAAUUGUAAACAUUUAAUUAAUUUUUCCAGAUUUCUUUGAAGAUGGGUAGCUCUAGUAAAGAGAAAAAGAGAAGGAAGAGGCAGAAGGUUAAAACUGCAGAAAAAAAGAAAAAUCUCCAGAAGAAACUGGCAAGGAUAGACAAUGUUGAAAUGUUAACUAAAGAUCAAGUUAAGAACAUUCUCAUACACACCACUUGUGCUUCCAAAGUGACGGGGAAAAGGAAACGAAGAGUAACAAAGCGACUGAAACAUCUCGCAAAGAAAUCAACUGAAUUACAAGAUGUUGAAAUGGAAACAGUCCGUGAAAAGAAACAGAAAGAAAAGAAAGAGAAACCCACAAAGACAACCCCGGCUAAUGAAGAUAUGGAUACAGAUGAGGAGUUGUGACUUUUGUGAAGCAGUGUUUUCAGACUCCUCAUAGUCUCUGUGAAGUGAAGAAUUUCAGAUGAAUGGCUAAACAAUUAGAUCCUUUCUGAUGAUCACUCAACAUGUGAUAUUUAUAUCUUGACAAUAAUAUCCGAGUGUAAUGCAUCUUCUUAACUUUGUAUCAAUUAUCAAUGCCAUUAUACUUAUAGGCUGAAAUUAUUUUGAAAUUAAUUUGGAAUAAAAACAAGAAAGAUUUUUUUUAUGUCAGAUGUAGGAUCACAACAAAAUGAACUGAGGUUAUUUUUUAAGUAAAUUCCUGUGGAUUACCAACAGGUGGUCUCUUCAUGUUGGUAACAAUAUCCUGCAUUUUGUGAAAAUGUACGACGUAAAUAAUGUAACUUGUUGAAAUACAAAUGCAUACCUUUCCCAAUAUAUCCACAAUGUAACUUAAACAUUGUUAUUAGAUUGUAUGUUUAUAAUUGUUUUAAAUAAAGAUCAUGUAAUUACAUGAUUGUAUACAGUAUAAAGUGUA